AUGAGCAACAGCGAGUGGAAUGAUCCGGAGGCCAACGUCCUACCGGAGAAGGUGGAAGCUCUGGAAGCCAAUGGAGAGAUUCCCAAGAACCCUCAACGCAAGAGGGUGGUGGUAGUCGGGCUGGGCAUGGUAGGCAUCUCGUUCAUCGAGAAGCUGCUCAAGCUCGACGUCAAGCGGCGAGAAUACGAUGUGGUUGUCAUCGGCGAGGAGGCUCACCUAGCCUACAACCGUGUUGGCUUGACGAGCUACUUCCAACAUCGAGAGGUGGAGAAUCUCUAUCUCAACCCCGCAUCGUGGUAUGCUUCGAUGCCAGAGGGUUCGCUCUCUUGCCACCUCAACACACUCGUCACCGCGGUGGAUACAGAGGGUAAAACAGUAGAGACCUCCGCAGGUACGACCGUUCCAUACGACAUACUCGUGUUGGCCACGGGCUCGGACGCUGUGCUACCUCGACAUACUCCUGGUCACGAUGCCAAUGGCGUGUUCGUAUACCGAACAAUCGAAGAUCUGCAAAAGAUGAUCGACUUCGCGGAAACGAAAAGAGGUACCGUUGGUGCAGUCGUUGGUGGAGGGCUUCUUGGUCUAGAGGCUGCCAAAGCCAUGAUGGACCUGGAGCGAUUCGACAAAGUCAAGCUCAUCGAGCGAAAUAGAUGGGUGUUGAGUAGGCAGCUGGACAGCGACGCGGGGAGUAUGGUUGUUGAACAGGUUCGACAGCUCGGAUUGGAAGUCCUGCUCAGCAAAAGAGUGGGUAAGAUCAACACCGACAAUGAUAACAACGUUACUGGUGUCAUUUUCGAAGACGGCGAGGAAAUGGACUGCUCGUCCAUCUGUUUCGCCAUUGGCAUCAAGGCGAGAGAUGACUUGGCCCGCAAAUCCGGCCUAAAGUGCGAAGAUCGUGGAGGUGGGAUUGUCAUCAACGCUGAUCUCUCAACCUCCGUGCCGGACGUAUACGCCAUUGGCGAAUGUGCGAGCUGGGAGAGCCAGACAUUUGGUUUGAUCGCUCCAGGUAUCGAGAUGGCAGAUGUUCUUGCCUUCAACCUCACGCAAGCAAAGUCUCACUCUCCACGCAAGUUCAAGAGCCCAGACCUUAGCACCAAGCYCAAACUACUGGGUGUGGAAGUUGCGAGCUUUGGGGAUUUCUUCGCUGACCGCGAUGGACCCAAAAACUUGCCCCGGCGUCGCGGUGCUGUCAAAGAAGGCGAGGCAACGUCCCGGAGUCUAAUCAAUGGUACUCCUCCACCCUCACCUGUCAAGGCUUUGACGUACAAGGAUCCCUUCCAACAGGUUUACAAGAAGUAUUUGUUCACCCCGGAUGGGAAGUAUCUUCUCGGCGGCAUGAUGAUCGGGGAUACCAAAGAUUAUGUCAGGUUGGUGCCUAUGGUCAAGAAUCAGAAGGCGCUUGAAGUGUCUCCUUCCGAAUUCAUCAUUGGCAAAAACUCUGGUGACGACAACGCCGAUGACCUCGACGAUGAUACUCAAGUCUGCUCCUGCCACAAUGUGUUGAAGGGCGAUGUGUCUAAAGCAGUCAAAGACGGUACUUGCAAGUCUAUUGGUGAUGUCAAGUCUUGUACAAAAGCUGGGACGGGUUGCGGUGGCUGCAUGCCUCUCGUCCAAACCAUAUUCAACAAGACGAUGGCUUCAAUGGGACAAGAGGUGAAGAAUCAUCUAUGCCCUCACUUUGAGUACUCUCGCGCGGAUCUCUUCCACAUAAUCUAUGUUAAGAAGCUCCAAGCAUUCGCCGACAUCAUGAAAGAGGCUGGCAAAGACCCAUCAUCAUCGGGCUGCGAAGCCUGCAAACCCACAAUCGGGUCCAUCACAGCUUCGCUCUACAACAAGCAUGUUCUUGAUGAGGAUCGCAGAGGUCUCCAGGACACCAAUGAUCGUUUCCUGGCUAACAUCCAGCGAAAUGGAACAUUCUCUGUUGUGCCUCGUGUUUCAGGAGGGGAGAUCACUGCCGACAAGCUUGUCGUGAUGGGUACCGUUGCGAAGAAGUAUAACCUAUAUUGCAAGAUCACUGGCGGUCAACGAAUCGACAUGUUUGGUGCUAAGAAGCAGGAUCUUCCACAAAUCUGGCAGGAGCUUAUCGAUGGCGGCAUGGAAUCAGGACAUGCCUACGCCAAAAGUCUAAGAACAGUCAAAUCUUGCGUUGGAUCAACGUGGUGCCGUUUCGKAAUCGGUGACUCAGUAGGCAUGGCAGUCCGUUUGGAGGAGAGAUACAAGAGUGUGCGAUCGCCACACAAGAUGAAGGGAGGUGUCUCAGGGUGCGUCAGGGAGUGUGCUGAAGCGCAGAGCAAGGACUUUGGCCUGAUCGCCACGGAAAAAGGCUGGAACAUCUUCGUUGGAGGCAAUGGAGGUGCAAACCCUCGACAUUGCGACCUACUUGCCAAGGACGUUCCGCCGGAUGAUGUGGUCCCCAUCGUUGACCGAUAUCUCAUGUUUUACAUGCGGACAGCAGACAAGCUUCAGCGAACAGCGAGGUGGGUUGAGAACUUGCCAGGCGGCAUCGAAUACUUGCGCAAAGUCAUACUUGAGGACAGUCUCGGCAUCUGUGCCGAGUUGGAGAAGCAAAUGGAAGAGCUUGUCGGUUCUUUCUUCUGCGAGUGGACAGAGACGUUGAAGAGCACAAAGCAGGUGGCAACUUUCUCCCAAUUCGGAAACACGCAAGAUACCGUCGACAGCGUCGAAGCGGUCGACGAGCGAGAACAGCUUCGACCAGCAUACUGGCCCAAGGAGUCUGUCAAGGACGAUUUCCGAGGCACAAAGUGGACUACCCUUUCAUGGCAACCGCUAGCAAAAUGUGAGCAAUUCUCCGAUUCAAUGACGGGAUCAAGUUUACCCGUCAAGCGAGGAGAUACUCAGCUUGCAAUCUUCAAGGUGAAGGGCAAGUACUACUGUACGCAACAGAUGUGCCCUCACAAGCGUGCGUUUGUGCUCAGUGAUGGUCUCAUCGGCGAGGAUGUGCAGAAGAAUAAGCUCUGGAUUAGUUGUCCGCUGCACAAGCGCAACUACGACAUGAAAGGCGAAAAUGCCGGGAAGUGCGGCAAUGAUGAGACUGUCAACAUCGCGACAUUCCCUGUCGAGGCUCGCGAGGAUGGCUUCGUUUACGUCAAGCUACCACCUAUUGAUGAGCUUGAUGGUGUGCUGGGGACUGAGAAGUGGAAGAUCAAGAAGGAGGAGACGGAGCAGAAAGGAGAGUUCGAGGCUCUGGAUAAGAAAUUGGUGAAGAUGAAAGGUCGCAAGCCAUUUGCCGCAAGUCAUCUCAGAGGUGGAUUGGGCGAGCAUGCCAAGGCGAAUGCAAUUCUUGCUGGUGGUGAGCGAGGUAGCAAUGGUAUGGAUUGGUAG